UGCAUCAGGGUCCUAUAAAUGAUCAAUUUUAGCGGAGUAGAGUCACAUUCCCCUCACCAGCUGCAGUGAAGGCAUUUGGAUCAAGUUACUUUUCUCAACGAAGGUAGUAAAGGAAAAUAAAAAUUAUGAAGUCGUUUCUGAUCCUGUCAGUCCUUUGCGUGACAAUGGCCACGUUUGCGGCCGCCAAGCCAACUUUCGACUUUUUGUCGUUUUUAGGCGGAUCCCCUUCACCUUCGUCGCCGUCGUCUGAUGACUGCGACGAUGGGGGCGGCCAGAACGUAGCACCAGGGGGCGGCCAGAACGUAGCGCCAGGGGGCGGCCAGAACGUAGCGCCAGGGGGCGGCGGCGGCGGCGGCGGCGGUAGCAACGGCAACCCAAUCAACAACUAUCCCGGCGGAGGGCAAGGCACCACUGCUCCUAUUCCUUCUAACCAAGGCCAGGGUUAUCCUACUACUGGCCAAGGCACUUCUACGGGUACUACAGCACCAGCUGGCGGGAAUUCCUCUGCUGCUGCUGCCUCUGCUACUGACGACGCCGCCGCCGCGGCCGCUGCUGCUGGCAACAAAAAGGGUAAUAGCAACGCUUCUUCUGCUUCUGCUGCCAACGACAACGGUAGUGCCAGCGCGGUAUCGGCUGCUAGUGGCGAUAACAACGGCGGUGCUAGUAGCACGGCGGCGUCGGCUACUAGCAACGGUGCCAAUAACAAUGGAGGUAAUAUCAACGGCGCUCCUGCUGGAGGCAAUAACAACGGUAAUGGUAUCGGCGGGGGUGCUCCCGGAGGCCAGCAGGACCUCGGGAGCGCGGCGGGGGGUGGAGGGGGCGGGAACAUGGCCCCGGGCACUGGUGACGAUUGCUAUUGAAGACAGUGUUGGCGACGUAUUGAAGGGAUGGCUUUCUCAUAAACUAAAUGUAUGGUGGACAUUAUAAUACCGCUAGGAUCAUUAUCUCUCGAAAUCGCGAAGAAUAUAACAACUCACAAAUAAAAAGAAAAGGUUGAUCCUGUUCGAGAUCUGGUGACGGUUUCACUAAUAAAACUUCACCCUAUUACCCUACACUAUGAAAAGUAUCUCCUUCUCAACUUAACCAAUUCCACUGUGAUUGUAAUUACUUUUAAAUGUUGUUUUAGAUUUUAUUCUUAUAUUUUUUUUAUAAAUUAUGCUAUCACUUCCAAAAUUUUGAUAAUCUGUUAUACUACCUACAUAUGUACCUACCAUAAUAAAAUAUAUUCAUUUUAAA